AUGGCCGAAAAACGAAAGCUACUGAGUGAAAUCGACAAGUGCUUUAAAAAGAUCGAUGAAGGCGUGGAAGAGUUUGAAAUGAUUAUGAACAAAAUGCAAGAUGCAAACUCGGACAAUCAAAGGGACAAAUAUCAGGAUGAUUUGAAAAGAGAAAUCAAGAAACUACAAAGGCUUCGUGAUUCUUUGAAAGGCUGGCAAAAUAAUCCGGACAUAAAGGACAAGGACAAGUUGAUACAAUAUCGACGAUUGAUUGAACUACGAAUGGAACAAUUCAAGGACAUUGAAAGAGAAAACAAAACGAAGCCGCAUUCAAAAGUUGGACUUUGUGCAGAAGAGAAAGUCGAUCCAAAAGAACGAGAAAAAGGAGAAACAACCGAGUGGUUGCAGAAUAUGAUCAAUGAUUUGGAAGUUGAAGUGGAUCGAACGGAAACUUUAAUAGAAAGUCAAUCUCAAGCGGAAGUUACGACGAAAAAAGGACGAAAAGGAAAAGAUGAUUCAAAGAAGAGCGAAUCUAUGAAAAAGCUGGAAGACCUGAAGAAGCAUCACGAACGAAUGAAGUUUCACAUUCAACGAUUGGAGCUUUGUAUGCGGUUAGUUAGCAAUGAAACACUGGAACCUCGACAAGUCUUAGAAUCACUGAAAGAUCAAGUGGAAAUGUUUGUGGCUAGUCUGGACCCCGAUUAUGAUGGUGAAAAUGGACCAUCUGAGGCGUUGGACCCUGAAGGUGCUUAUGAGGAGCUGGACCUUGGCUCGUAUGCAACAACUUUGGGCGGAGUGGUUCAUGUGUCUUCAAUCGAUCAUGAAAACGAAAGACAUGGAGAAUAUGAUAACGGAAUUCUACAAGAAAAUGGACAUAUCUUGGAUGAAGAACUGCCCAAGUCACGACACGGCAGUGCGGAAGCAGCUCCGUUGAGUCCCGCUUUGCUCACGAAGAAGGUAUCCACCACAAUGAUGCACAAGCCGGUGUUAAGGGAAUUGUCUACCGAUUCCCCGCUUACCUCGAUUGUUACGACGACGCCGGCGCCUAGCCCAGCCCAGUCAGUUCCAUCUCACUCUCAGCCGCAAACUCCAGUAGCUCCACCACCGGGAAUCCCAUACAAUUCAAUCGUUACAUCUGGGUUACGCUCUACGCCACCAGCAAUAGAAGUGAAAACCCCACCACCCAUGUCGACCGCAAAAACGAAUACAAUCAUUCAACCAGCAAAGACACAGCCACAACAACGAACGAUGUCUUUCACAACGGUGACAACCAGUACAAUGACACCGGCAACAGCUACUGGAUCCCGACCGUCAUCGCCACGAAAUAAUGAGAAUCACAGUCCGCCUUCAGCUCCUACGGCCACCGCUAACGUUUCCACCACUCACCAAACGUUUACAAAUGUGGCCGCCAAAAAUACUGAGGACACUCUCAAGACGCUGACCAAGCAAAUGAAUACGGUUGAAAUUGGUUUCAAUUCGGAUCCUCUUGCCAUGCCGUCUCAAAUGCUACAUCAUUCACCAGUUGAAGGAGGUUCUUUGUCGUCUGCUAAGGGACUUUCAUUUACGAGCGAUUCGCCAACAAUGAAUUCUCAAAUGCCUGGCACUGAGGAUGCAUUCCGGCAAAUUCUGCGAACAUCUCAGACGGAUAACACGAAGAGUGCUUCAUUAAAGGCCUUGAUACCACCUUGGCUGGGUGCUUCACCGUUGGGUCGAACGGCUCCAAAUUCCGAGCUAGAAGCGCAGGUUCUCUCGAUUGAUCAGGUUCUCAUGCGGUGUCCACCAUAUUUGGAAUCUGAAAGACCGAGAUGCUACUUGCCCAAGUUGAGUUGUUCUACACCAGCUUACUACCCAACAAACACCCUUGCACAUGUCGAUACACUGGAGUACUAUUUGCGUCUUUCACCCGAAGUUCUCUUCUUCGCUUUUUAUUAUAUGGAGGGAUCUCGUGCACAAUUGCUAGCGGCAAAGGCAUUGAAACGGUUAUCUUGGCGUUUUCACACAAAAUAUUUGAUGUGGUUUCAAAGACACGAAGAACCGAAAGAAAUUACGGACGAUUUUGAAAGAGGAACUUAUAUCUAUUUUGAUUACGAAAAGUGGGCACAACGGAAAAAGGAAUCAUUUGUCUUUGAGUAUCGAUAUUUGGAAGACAAGGAUUUCGAU